GUAUUACUAAGAAAGACGAAAUGGAACCAUCUACGUGUGUCAUAUCGGUGCUUUCAUAUUGUUUUCUCUUCUCUUUGGUUGUUGCAAGAAGCGAAAAUGUUUUGGAAAGAAGUGAAGAUGAAAUAGAAACCAUAUCCCAUCAUUAUCAUGCACUCAAAUUAAGCUCUUUCGUAUCAUCAUCUAUAUGUAGCCCUUCCACUAAUGGUGAGAAGAGAAGGGGGUCUUUGGAAGUGGUUCACAAACAUGGACCAUGUUCCAAGUUCAGUAAAGACAUGGUGAAACCCUUGACCAUAGACGAAAUCUUCUCUCAUGAUCAGUCAAGAGUUGACUCAAUCCUCAACACAGUGAGAAAAGACAUCCAAGGGUCGAAGACCACUCUCCCUGCAAAAUCCGGCAGAUCAAUCGGAACCCUAAACUACAUAGUGACUAUCGGACUGGGAACCCCAAAGAACGACUUUUUACUCUCUUUUGACACAGGAAGCGAUCUAACAUGGACACAAUGCCAACCAUGUGCUGGGUCCUGCUAUAGCCAACAAGAUCCUAUAUUUGUACCUUCUUCAUCUUCUACCUAUUCCAACAUCUCUUGCAGUUCAUCCGAGUGUGCACAACUAGAUUCAGCCCGUUGCAGCUCAUCCACAUGUGUCUACCGUGUCGGAUAUGGAGACGGAUCUUUCACUAUUGGAUUUUUUGCAAAAGAUAAGCUCACACUGUCUUCGGAAGAUGUAAUUGAUGAUUUCUUCUUUGGAUGUGGCCAAGACAACGAAGGACUGUUUGAAGGUAUUGCUGGGCUCUUAGGACUUGGUAGGGAUAAGUUCUCUAUUGUGUUGCAGUCCGCUAACAAAUAUGGGAAAGUCUUCUCCUAUUGUCUCCCCUCAGUAGAUAGCUCUACUGGUUUCUUAACGUUUGGAAGUAGCGGAAUUGGUAGCAAUAUUAGUUACACGCCACUCUCUGCCUCACAAGAGAACACUUUUUAUGGUCUUGAUCUUGACGCUAUAUACGUUAAAGGAAACAAACUAGAAAUAAGUCCGACUGUGUUUACGACAUCAGGCAUGAUCAUAGACUCGGGAACUGUCAUCACAAGGCUCCCACCUACAGCCUACUCGGCUUUAAGUGAGGCAUUUCAAGCAGAAAUGACACAAUACCCUUUGACCCAAGGACCGCGUCUAUUUGAUACAUGCUAUGAUUUUAGCAACUAUGAAAAUGUCACGAUACCCAAGAUAAGUGUGGUUUGGAGUGGGAAUGUAAACGUUGAAAUUCCACCUCAAGGGAUACUUAUUCCAGUUAGCGAUGAAGUGUACUGCUUUGCUUUCACUGCGAAUCAGGAUGAUUCUGAUCUGGGUAUAUUUGGGAAUACGCAGCAACAGACAUUGGAGGUUGUGUAUGAUCUGACUGCCGGAAGGAUCGGAUUUGGCCCUGGAGGAUGUUCUUGAAGACAAGUGAUGAAAAUAAUUUACAAGGGUACAUGGUUGUAAUAAUGGCUUUAAAUAUCAAUUUAGCAAGAAGAUUGAUAAUAUAAGGUAGGUAUGAUAUGAUGUACGUUUAUCGAUUACCACUUUUCUAUAUUAAGAACUAUGCAACUAAAUGUAUGUUGUCCAUUGCAAGAAGAUUCACGAC